GGUAAAAGGCAAAGAUAUGCAACGAUCUUAAACGAGGCGGACGGACCCGGCCCUCGCUAAACCCUCAUCCUUCGUUUCCCCUCGCCUUCCAUUCCCCCGAAUCCCAGUCCUCCGACCACUUCCGAUCCCUUGUUUCGGUUCGGUCAUCGUCGAAUCCAUUCGCUUCUCUUCUCUCUUCCAGCCCUUGCCGCGCCUAGCCCGUCUCCUAUCUCAUUCUAACUGAGCGACAGAGCGCGGAGAGAGAGAGAAAGAAAGAGAGAGAGGAGAAGAAACGGGACGACAUGAGCCGCUACGACAGCCGUGCCAGCGACCCCGGAUCCUAUCGGCGAAGUGAUGCGGGAUUCGGGGGCGGUUCUCAGAGCUACGGCAGGGGCUACGAGUCCUCGAGCAAAAGAGAAGCGGUGGUUACCGCCGACCUGGACGGGCUGACCCCCUUCGAGAAGAAUUUCUACGUGGAGUCCCCUUCCGUGGUGGCCAUGACCGAGGCCGAGGUGGAGGCCUACCGCCGCAAGAGGGAGAUCACGAUCGAGGGUCGCGACGUGCCCAAGCCCAUCAGAGAGUUCCGGGAUGCCGGAUUUCCGGAUUAUAUUCUGCAAGAGAUUAGUAAAGCUGGCUUUGUCGAGCCUACUCCUAUUCAAUCACAGGGCUGGCCAAUGGCUUUAAAGGGUCGUGAUCUUGUUGGCAUUGCUGAAACAGGAUCAGGAAAGACACUUGCGUAUCUGUUACCUGCGGUUGUUCAUGUUAAUGCUCAGCCAAUUUUAGCUCCUGGUGAUGGCCCAAUUGUUUUGGUAUUGGCUCCUACUCGUGAACUUGCUGUCCAGAUACAACAAGAAGCAACUAAAUUUGGGGCAUCAUCAAGGAUAAAGAGCACCUGUAUAUAUGGUGGGGUUCCAAAGGGUCCUCAGGUUCGAGAUCUUCAGAAAGGAGUUGAAAUUGUUAUUGCUACUCCGGGACGAUUGAUUGAUAUGUUAGAAUCACAUUAUACAAACCUCAGAAGGGUAACCUAUCUUGUUUUGGAUGAGGCAGACCGUAUGCUAGACAUGGGUUUUGAACCUCAAAUCAGGAAAAUUGUUUCCCAGAUUCGUCCAGAUCGUCAAACUCUUUAUUGGAGUGCCACUUGGCCAAAGGAGGUCGAACAACUUGCAAGGCAGUUCCUAUACAACCCAUACAAGGUAAAUGUUGGGGCCAAACAAGGCGAUGCACAGGUGGGUUCGUUGCAUUAUAUCAUCUUUACCAGAUCUGACAGAAUUGGCCCUGACGUGACACAGGUGAUUAUUGGUUCCAUAGACUUGAAAGCUAAUCAUGCAAUUCACCAGCGUGUUGAGAUUGUCUCAGAGGGUCAGAAAUAUAACAAAUUGAUCAAACUUCUGGAGGAUAUUAUGGAUGGCAGUCGGAUUCUGAUAUUCAUGGACACAAAGAAGGGCUGUGAUCAAAUAACGAGGCAACUACGCACAGAUGGCUGGCCUGCCCUGUCGAUCCAUGGUGACAAAAGCCAAGCUGAAAGGGACUGGGUCCUCUCUGAGUUUAAAUCAGGGAAGAGUCCUAUAAUGACUGCUACUGAUGUCGCUGCUCGUGGUUUGGAUGUGAAGGAUGUCAAAUAUGUGAUCAACUACGACUUUCCUGGAUCAUUGGAGGACUAUGUCCACCGCAUUGGUCGAACAGGAAGAGCUGGGGCCAAGGGAACGGCAUAUACCUUUUUUACUGCAGCUAAUGCAAGAUUUGCUAAGGAUCUUAUUAAUAUACUGGAAGAAGCUGGGCAGAAAGUCAGUCCUGAACUGGCUGCAAUGGGUCGAGGUGCCCCACCUCCUCCUUCAGGUCAUGGAGGAUUUCGUGAUCGUGGGAGGGGUUUUGGUGGUGGUCGUCCUUGGAGCUGAUACAUUCCUAAGUUGUCAAUUGAUUGAGCAAUCAUUUAAUGGAAGGGCUGAUUGUUGCAUUCAAAUGGUAUGUAUCUCUUUUUAGCUGACAUUGCUAUUAUUUUGCCAUUUUGGCAUAGUUGACUCUUAACCAGUGAACUGAUGGGGCAUGAGGAUGGAGCUGAUGUUUUCACACAUGGAACCCCAUUCCGAAUUGGGAAAUGAAAUAUGUAGCAUGUAACAUAAGAUGUGGCUGCUUUUUUAAAGAUCUUUAGGCAAAGGGUUCACAAGACUGGCCUUUAACAUUACGAGGUUAAAGUUUGAAAAAUUCGGAUAUUAAAUUGAUCAAGUUUUGUUCUGCACUUAGCAAUGUACGCUUAUUUUACAAAAUAUAAAUGAGAAUGUACGAACAAUUUUCAACCC